AGCGUACGUCAGCAAAUCACUCAGCAUAUGGCUUGUCCCAUGCUUUGUGGCCAGAAGAAACAAGUAGAUAUUCAACAGGUUAACUAAGGUAUAGCAGAAUCGUUGGUUGUCAGACUUGACUUUUUAUUACUUUAGCUCUUAGCUGAAUGAAAAGGAAAAACAACCUCAAACGGAAAUGAUAUAUAUGGCACUGUUUUUUCAGCGAUGAUGACUACGCAUGAGCAAUCUACAUAGGAUAAGAUUUUUAAAUCCUUUAGAUCGUUUACGCGCUGCUUGCUAUCUCAAAACCCCUUAAAUCUUAGAAUUGUUUUUCUUUUGCUUAAUAUGGCGUUUAAACAAGUCUUUUUGGUGCAUCUGCUAACUUUUUGGAUCAGUUCUGUACUUAGCUGGGCAGCAUCAGAAUCAGGUUUGAGAGUUGCGCGCGACAGUGAUGUGUUGGAUAUGCCAACUGCUCUCGAUCACAGUUCGACAGCGGACGUUGUUUCACAACAUAUGUUCAAGCUCUACGAUAAAUACAGCAGAGAUAUCCAUGGAUCUAAAGAUGAGAAUACAGUGAGAAGUUUUAAAGCUAAGCCUGAAAACAUAGAGCAAAGAGUUCUGUACCAUCUGAAUCUCACUUCCCUCCAAGAUUCGGAAGUGAUUCUUACCAGCACACUUCACUUCUUCUUUGACAAACGUCCACGCCAGAGGUCCUGGUUCUGCAAGCGCUUCAAAAACCCCUCCUGUCACAUCCAGAACCUCCACCACUUUCCCUCUUUUCGUCUCCUUUUCCGAUGUCCUUCUGCCAAUACUCCUGUGGGAUCAUCUCUUUGGAACAUCACUUUAUAUCCACACAGAAGGGGGAUAUGGCAUACCAGGGAUAUAUCUCAUAUUAUAAAAGAGGCAAGACAUAGGAAUCAUUUUAUGAUAACACUGGAGUUUGACUAUGGAGAAAAUUAUCAGAGGUAUCAGGAACAGCUUUCAGCAUCUAUCCUCCCAUAUAUACUUGUAUAUGCCAAUGACCUAGCCAUAUCAGAACCCAACAGUAUAGCAUUGAGCUUACAGCGGUAUGAUCCCUUUCCUGCAAAUGAGCAGACUACUCAGUCUCCAAACUCCUCACCUGAUAUACGGGUCAAGCGGGACUUAUAUUUUGCCGACCCCAUUCAGAACAAUGAACUCCCUGAUGUGGAAUAUGACAAUUUCAAGCAGCAUGAUAUGUGGGAAAGCACUUACCUGGUACUGAAGCCAAAGUCCUCCAACAAGGAGCGGCGAAAGAAAGGCCAGGAGCAUGCUGACGGACUGGGCAAGUCUCAGGUUCUCAGCUUUGAUGAGAAAACCAUGAAGAAAGCACGGAGGAGACAGUGGAGAGAGCCUCGCAGCUGUUCCAGGAGGUACCUCAAGGUGGACUUUGCAGACAUUGGCUGGAGUGAGUGGAUCUUGUCCCCUAAGUCAUUUGAUGCUUACUACUGCGCUGGAACAUGUGAAUUCCCCAUACCUAAGGUUGUUCGCCCUUCCAACCAUGCAACUAUCCAGAGUAUAGUGAAGACGGUUGGUAUCAUUCCAGGCAUCCCAGAGCCCUGCUGUGUACCUGAGAAAAUGAACUCUCUUGUGGUAAUGUUCCUGGAUGAGUCCAAGAACAUUGUAUUAAAAAUCUACCCCAACAUGUCUGUGGAGACGUGUGCCUGUCGGUAGAUUCAAUGGUCAUUAGUAUGGUCACAGAUAUGAAAAGACAAGACCAGAACUACAAGUGAAUAGGCAUAUUGCCAGUAGUUCACAUCUAUUGUACAAUGCACAUUACAAAGUUACAAAGUUACAUUGAUGAGGGCCAUGCACCCUCCAUGUACACUGUUUAUUGUGACCUCCGGUUUUAUAAAUCAGUAGUUUCUUUUUUAUCUGUGACCUGUGUUUUUUUGGUGGACACAUUUCUAUGAGAAAAAUCAUAUGUGUUAAAUGUAUUAACAAAAUGGUUUGGAUGUUCAUCAGUUAUUGUAUUGCUGCUUUCUUUAUGUAUACAACAUCAAGUCAUUAUGUUGAGGCACUUCUUUGGUCAUGAUUAUGAGUUUUGGGCUAUACUCUGUAUCAUUCAUACACCAGUAAAAGGUUUAAUUAUUGAAAUUACAGUGUAAAAAUGUAGUGGUGGAAGAAGAGUUUGUUUAAAUGAAAUGUUUGGAAUUAAACUCUAUGUCAGUAGUAAAUGAUAAUACUCUUAAUGCUGCAAGUUCAACAAUAGUUAAUAAAUGCUUGAUAUUUGAGUUACUUUAUAUAGCAUAUAAAAUUCAAAACACAUACAAGUUUCUGAACUGAGUUUUCAUGUCAAGAAUGUAUAAAAUAUCUUAAGCAGAACUUAUUACUUUGUGAUCCAGUCUCAAUACUACUAAAAUGGCUUUGCUAAGCAUUGAACUAAUUAUAGUCCACUUGUACUGAAAAGUUAUAUUUUAUAUUUUUCAAAGUGGUUGUAUAUCAGAAUCAGACUACUCACUAAGGUCAUGGAUGUUUCUAAAUCUUCUAAGAGUUUGUGUUGCUCUUAGAUACAUAAUACAAGAAUACAAAACCACCCCAAUCAUGAAUAAUGAUGUGAAUGUCUGCUAUAAUCUCUAUAUUCAUUUCUAAAUAGUAUUUAAUAAGUUACUUAAUUCUGGAUGAAUGUGUCUUUAAGUAAAAUAUGUUGAUUCACUAUGAUAUAUUUUAGAUCAUGCUGUAUUUUUGUACGUUUUAAAUUAUGAAAUUA